AUGGUCCUGGUCGAAAUGAAAAAAUCUUUGUUGGAUGAAUCUAGAAAGUCGUCGAAAUUCUUCUACGCCACCGUUCAUCAACGUAAAUUUUCAACCACAGCACUUGUCUUUACCGACUCGUCUGAUGAUAAAAUUAUUUCACGCCAACCCAUUAAAAAUAUCGUCCAUUCAGCUAAAUAUGAUAGACCACCUCGUCCUCGUUUUCCAGAUCUUGCUCCAUCACAACUUCCUGACUUAUCGAAAAUAGAUCCAAUUCUUGACGCGCUUGAUGCAUCAAAGGAAUCAAUCAUCGAUCCUCCAUUCCCCACCAAACGUCCAUCUGUGGUUAUAACAGCACCAGAAACAGAAAGCGAUGAUACAAACACUUUGUCAGCCAUCACCGGUCUGACAUCCGAUGAAAUUCGCAAUCUGAUGAAAAAGACCCUAGUUGUAAAAAGUGUUAAAAAUCAAACUGGUAAAGGUAGAAUGGUGAGUAUGUAUGCGUUAGUGGUGGUCGGAAAUGGAAAUGGGGUGGCCGGGUUUGGAGAGGGAAAAGACGAAGAGGCACCGACUGCCAUCAAAAAAGCCACAAACAAAGCUAUAAAGAAUCUGAGAUAUUUUGAAAGAUAUGAUGAUAGAACAAUAUAUCACGAUAUUGAGCAAAAAUUUCAUGCAACCGUGAUUAAAUUUUGGGCUAGAGCUCCAGGAUUCGGGAUUAGAACAAAUCACUAUGUGCACGAAGUAUGUAAAUGUAUCGGUAUACACGAUAUUUCGAGCAAAGUGUAUGGAUCACGUAAUGGUAUGAAUGUCAUAAAAUGCACAUUCGAAGCUUUUGCUUCGCAAAAAUUGCCUGAGCAGAUUGCAAGAAAUAGGGGUAAAAACUUGUUUGAUGUGUAUCACAACUAUUAUGGCGCUCUUUAA